AUUCUUUUUUAUUCUUUUGAGUUAUACACUCACCAACUUGCACAUACUCAUGCAGAGCAUGUUGGUUGUUUGCUCGGUUUUUCUAUAUUUCUGCAGUUUAGCAUUUGGGGCAUUUCCAAGUUUAAAUUGGAGUUAAGCUUUGUGAUCCUAUAGAUAUGCGCAAUUUACUGAAGUUUCUACCUCAGAUUCUUGAAAUCAUGAUAUCUAGAUCAUGUUUAAUGCAGACAUCCUGGAUUGAAGACAAUUGGCUUGUCUAUUUUGACCUUGGAUUAUAGAUUAUAUGUAUUGAUGCUUGCCUUUUCACGUUCUUGUCUGCUGAAAAUGUUCUGUCCAUCCUAUAGAUGAUUUUCUUGUGUUAUUGAAGGGAUCCAAAUCGCCUUUCCGGGAGUUAGACAUAAAGGCCCCAUUAUGGAAACUAUUAGCUGAUAUGGUUGUUCUAGAGUAUCCUGUGAUUCAUGUGUUUCUUCCUUCGGAACACUGUGAUUUUGAAGUUAUCAGGGAGAAUCAUCUCGUCACUCACGGGCCAGAGGGAAAAGAUUCUAGCGGUGCUGAUAAUGAAAUACCAAAAGGUGUUACCUUCAAGGAGGAGGAAAUAGAAGACAAUGGUAGCUCUUUAGAACCUCAGGUCUUUGAUCUUAUGAAGCAUGUGCUGUCAAGUCCAAUGCAUCAAAUCCCUUCUCAAAACAAGUCUGAGAAAGCAUUCGGUGGUAACUCAGUUUUGUCUUUGUCGGCGAGAGCCGGGGCAGGAAACAGGGUACAUUGCAGCCUUCAGGCUAAGGACUCUGGAUUAUUUGAUGCAUGGAGUUUGAUUUUGAUCAAGGCUUAAUAGAUGCGUAUUCAGACCUGAUUGCCGAAAUUAAUCCAGAUGACUUUCUUGAUUUAGAAGGUGAAUUUGCUAAGCAACCAGAAACAGAAGAUAGAACAGACCUUUCAAAUUCGAGGGGAGUUUUCUUUGCUGAGGAAUUGGAGGAGGGGGAGAUCCUAGAUUAAUUUAUUAUGGUCAAUAUUUCUGGGGAAGCAGCGAAACAAUGGUUGGAAGAAGAAUUUUCUAAGAGUUGUUGCUCACUACUGAUCAUAACCUCCGCGGACAAUCUGCCCCAGCUUGGCAUAUCUAUAGAGCAAACCCUGCAACUCUGUGUCAUACUGAAGUUGCUCAAUUACCUGGUAAUGCACAAGAUCAGGACAAAUACAUGGAUAUCUUGUAAAUGCAAUUAGCUUAUAUGUAAUUUCAUUCCUGCUGAAAGGUAUCUGUUUGAGAGGGGGGAGGUGAAUGUGUUUUUUUUUUUUUUUUUUUGCUUGAUAAUAAAGAGGCCUUGGAUUCAUGUUAUUCUUUUCGGUUAGUUGGGUGUACUCGCGAUUGUUGAGGAAGUUAAAUUGUAUCACAUGCUGGUUUUUGUCUACAAAUUUGGCUGAAUGACCAAAUUGUUAUAAGUACAGCUGAGUUCCCCUUCUAACUGCAAGUCCUAGAUGAAAAAUUGGGUAAUUACGGUUUGCAACAUAUUUGAUUCACGGUUGGACUCAAA